AUGAAGUUUAUCAUAUUCUUCGUUAUGCUUUUUGCUGCAACUUUGGCUCGCCCUGAUGCACAAAUCCUUACACUGGACAGCGAAGUUGGGCCAUCCAGCUACAGGUUUGCUUCUGAAACUUCCGAUGGCAACAAACAUACCUCUGAAGGACAUCUGGAGAAUGUUGGCACCGAACACGAAUCUCUUGCAGUCAGGGGUAGCUACUCUUGGGUUGACGAAAAGACUGGAGAACAAUUUACCGUGAACUAUGUUGCUGAUGAAAGUGGUUACCAUCCAUCUGGGGCUCAUUUGCCUGUUGCCUAA